AUGUCUUUUUGUUCAGCCAUUAAUUUUAGUGCUAGCGUUAGCAAUACCUGUAAUAUACAGGAUGGUAUACUACGCAUAAUGAUUAGUAAUAUCCAAUUGAUCCUGAAUGGAAAUGUGAUCUCAGCCACUGAUAACCAAGAGAAAAUCCAGAUAGAAAAAUACAAUCAUGAACAGGAACCUGCAGAUCAGCAGCAUCAACGGAAGAUCGCUAUAGCGAAAAACCUGGUUGAUACAACGGCAUUAAUUAUUGAUGUAAUCUGGGAUAAAUCUUCCCCAAGUCUUAAUGCGCAAGGCAUUUCACUUCGUCUAUUCAUUCAAGAAAUUUUACGUAGAUCGAGAACUUCUUGGACCACCCUCCAAACGGCAUUGUUUUAUCUUUUACGGAUAAAAUCUAAAAUUGCAACACUUCAACUUGAAUCAUUGACAAAAGAAUCAACUACUAAAACUAAUAAUAACAAAAAUGAUCCGGCUACCUGUGGUCGUCGAAUGUUUCUCGCAUCACUUAUAAUAGCCUCGAAGUAUCUCCAUGAUUGCAAUUAUGCCAACAGUGCUUGGUCAAAAAUAUCCGGUUUACCAAUAAAAGAUAUUAAUGCAAUCGAACGACGAUUUCUUACCCUUAUUGAAUAUGAUUUAUUUAUUAAAGAUAAUAUUUUUAAGAAUUGGACAAAUUUUUUGAGAUCACAUAUCUGUACUAUUUCUGGAUGUGAAGUUAUUCAAAAAAAUACAUCGAGUAUAGUCGAAAAUCAACAAGCUAUCACACAAUUUGUCGAAUGUAGGGUGUGA